GAUAGCAGGAUUCUUGUAGUCCGACAAUGCUGCAAUCCGCCAUCUUAAUAAAACCACACCCUUUUUUUACAUGGGCUCUUAUGGAAGUAUUUUUUCCAAGUGCUUUUUCUCUUAGCUGGAUUACAACUUCGACCAAAGAAAAAUAUACAAAAAUACUACAUCAUUCAGGGCAUAUAGGCAUUGUUUACAUAUGUAGGACCCAAACAUGUAUAAUUGUCAUGUGUGACGAGGUAUUGGUGGAAAAUGCUAUAAUCCAAUUAUUCGACCUCUCCAACUAUUCUGAUAGUUUGCCAACCGAGGCAAAAGAACGCUAUCUUUCGAAGUUGACAAGCAUCUUAUGCCAGAAUGAUCGGUCAAAUUUCCCAAUGUGAAUUUGCUGCCACAAAAUCCUUGAGGUGCUGUGAAAUGACCACUGCAGAGCAUUAACACUAUAUGAUGACCUUUACAACCAG